UAGAGGCAGGAAAUUUGCAGUAGCAGUAUGUAGCUUGGAUGUUUGUGGCUACUUUCUGAGCUGAGGGAAAGCAAAAGGAAGACAUUUAGGGAUACGGUAGAUGCUCUAGGAUCUUGGUUCUGAGAGAAGGGUUAAUCAGGAAGGCGGGUGAAUAAGGAAGCAGGAUAGAGUAGGAAGUAGCCUAGGAAAAUAGAAGCAAGGUUUGUGAUAGAACAGACCUUGGCUUUUAAAGGUAGGGUUCCUGGGUGGGCCUGGUAUCCCCAAUGAGCGGCAUAGGCUUGAAUUGGAGGACUUCUGGGAAGAAUACUCAGUAAGCUAGUCUAGUGAUUCUUUGAUAUUCUAGAAAGGAAAACUAUAAUGAGCUCACUGGAAGGUGAGGCUACACAGCGUACAGAGAAAGCAAGAGCACUGUAACUUCUGGAGUGAGAGAGAGGUGCAAUGUGAACAAGAGAUGGAAGAGAGAAACUGAGAUGGAAGAGAGUCAAACUGGAGAGAACUUUUCCCUAGUCACAGAGAGGAGCCCCAGUGAUAAUUUGUUGGGGUCCUUGAAAAUGUCCACAGCAUCUUAAAGGUCGAACAAAGCAGGAGAUGAAUUCAUUUCUUCAGGAUAGUCUUCCUAUUACUCUUCAAGUCUGUAAUAGUUCCAGUUGGCUGAGGCUGCAUGUAGAAGAAUACCAGAAUCCACCUCGAGAGGGCUGAUAUGUUACUCAGCUGAGGCAGAGAACUUAAAAGAUGAAGUUAAGGAAGAGAAACUACUGUGUGCCAAUUCCUUCCCCCCUGGUUUUGUUUCGUGGCAGAUCAUUAAACCUUAAAGGAAAUGACAACAAUGAAGCCCUUCCUGAGUCUAUCCCAUCUGCUCCUGGAACAUUGCCUCAUUUUAUGCAAGAACCAGAUGAUGCUUACAUCAUUAAAAGCAACCCCAUUGCCUUGCGAUGCAAAGCCAUGCCAGCUAUGCAGAUUUUCUUCAAGUGUAAUGGUGAAUGGGUCCACCAAAAUGAGCAUGUCUCUGAGGAAAGCAUGGAUGAAAGUACAGGCUUGAAGGUUCGAGAGGUGUUCAUCAAUGUGACAAGGCAGCAAGUGGAGGAUUUUCAUGGGCCAGAAGAUUACUGGUGUCAGUGUGUUGCAUGGAGCCAUUUAGGGACCUCAAAAAGCAGGAAGGCAUCAGUCCGCAUAGCCUAUUUACGGAAAAACUUUGAACAAGACCCACAAGGAAAGGAGGUUCCUAUUGAAGGGAUGAUUGUUCUGCAUUGUCGGCCACCAGAGGGAGUACCUGCAGCUGAGGUGGAAUGGCUUAAGAAUGAGGAGCCGAUCGAUUCCAACCAGGAUGAGAACAUUGACACUAGGGCAGAUCACAACCUGAUCAUCCGCCAGGCCCGUCUGUCUGAUUCUGGGAACUACACCUGCAUGGCUGCCAACAUAGUGGCCAAGAGAAGGAGCACGUCUGCAACAGUCGUGGUGUAUGUGAAUGGAGGCUGGUCGUCAUGGACUGAGUGGUCUAACUGCAAUGUGCGGUGUGGCCGAGGCUGGCAGAAGCGAUCCCGGACCUGUACCAAUCCUGCUCCGCUCAACGGGGGUGCUUUUUGUGAGGGAAUGUCAGUGCAGAAAAUUACCUGCACUUCACUUUGCCCUGUGGAUGGUAGUUGGGAGGUGUGGAGCGAAUGGUCAGUCUGCAGCCCAGAAUGUGAGCAUCUGAGAAUUCGGGAAUGUACAGCUCCACCUCCAAGAAAUGGAGGAAAAUUCUGUGAGGGCUUUAGUCAAGAAUCUGAGAAUUGCACCGAAGGGCUUUGUAUUCAAGAUAUUGAGAACGCCAGUGACAUUGCCUUGUACUCAGGUCUGGGUGCUGCCGUCAUUGCUGUAGCUGUGCUGGUAGUCGGCAUUACACUCUAUAGACGGAGCCAGAGCGAGUACGGCGUAGAUGUGAUUGAUUCAUCUGCGCUGACAGGAGGCUUCCAGACAUUUAAUUUUAAAACAGUCCGGCAAGGUAACUCCCUGCUUCUGAACUCAUCCAUGCAGCCUGACUUGACAGUGAGCAGAACGUACAGCGGACCCAUCUGCCUGCAGGACCCCAUGGACAAGGAGCUCAUGACAGAAUCUUCGCUCUUUAAUCCCUUGUCAGACAUCAAAGUCAAAGUUCAGAGUUCAUUCAUGGUUUCCCUGGGGGUGACAGAGCGGGCCGACUAUCACGGAAAGGCACAUUCUGGAACAUUUCCCCAUGGAAACAACAGAGGCUUUACAACAAUCCAUGCCAGGAACAAAACUACUUACAUUCAGAAUCUGUCAUCUCUUUCAACAAGAAGUGAGCUGAGAACGACUGGCAUUUUUGGCCACCUGGGUGGCCGUUUAGUGAUGCCAAACACAGGAGUCAGUUUGCUGAUACCGCAUGGAGCUAUCCCCGAAGAGAGCUCAUGGGAAAUUUAUCUUACCAUCUGUCAAGGGGAGUCCAGUCUACAGUCGGAAGGCACAGAAGUUCUUCUUGGUCCAGAAGUCACAUGUGGCCCUCCAGAUGUGACUGUCACCACUCCUUUUGCCUUGACUAUACCGCAUUGCGCAGAAGUAAAUUCUGAACAUUGGAAUAUUCACUUGAAAAAAAGAACACAACAAGGGAAAUGGGAGGAAGUGAUGUCCAUGGAAGAGGAAACUACUUCCUGCUACUGUCUGUUGGAUCCUUAUGCCUGUCACAUUCUCUUAGACCGCUUUGGAACUUACGCGCUUGCUGGGGAACCCGUCUCUGACUGCGCAGUUAAACAGCUGAAAGUGGCAGUGUUUGGCUGCAUGUCUUGCAAUUCGCUGGAUUACAGUCUGAGAGUGUACUGUAUGGACAACACCCCUUGUGCAUUUCAGGAAGUAGUUUCAGGUGAAGGACAACAAGGAGGACAGUUGCUGGAGGAACCUAAGUUGCUGCAUUUCAAAGGGAAUACCUUUAGUCUUCAGAUCUCAGUUCUUGAUAUCCCCCCUUUCCUCUGGAGAAUUAAACCAUUUACUGCAUGUCAGGAAGUUCCUUUCUCUCGUGUGUGGUGCAAUAACCAGCAGCCACUGCACUGUGCCUUUUCACUGGAGCGUUACACUCCCGCAACCACAUACCUGUCCUGCAAGAUCUGUGUUCGGCAAGUCAAGGGUCAUGAGCAGAUUCUACAGAUCCAAACGUCUAUUCUAGAGAAUGAGAGAGAAACCAUCACUUUGUUUGCACAUGAGGACAGCAACUUCCCUGCACAAACUGGUCCAAAAGCCUUCAAAAUCCCAUACUCCAUUAGACAGAGAAUAUGUGCGACAUUUGACACACCUAAUGCUAAAGGCAAAGACUGGCAAAUGUUAGCACAGAAAAACAGCAUCAACAGGAAUCUCUCUUACUUUGCUACACAAAGCAGCCCAUCUGCUGUCAUUCUGGACCUGUGGGAAGCCCGACAUCAGCAUGAUGGUGACCUUGACUCUCUUGCCUGUGCCCUGGAAGAGAUAGGACGGACACACUCCAAAGUCUCAAAUAUUACAGAAACUCCAAUUGAGGAGACCGACUUCAGCUACAGCAGGCAAAACGGACUUUAGUCAUCUCUUUUCCAUCCAAGAACCGAUGGCCAGAUUUGACUUUGACAUUAGUGAAUUUCUAUUAGCAGGGAGGAAAGAAGGGUUUUAUGCACAUUGCAUACAGGGAAUUAGACCUUCAUUUCUACCACCUGUUUUUUUAUCUGGAGGAGCAGAAGAAACCCCAGAGUAAAUCAGCACAGUAACAAGGCAAAUGCAAUCAUCUCUGCAACUCCACAAUCCUCCCAGAAUUAAAACUCAUGUCAGAGUAUUGAAAAUAAAGUCUACUUUUCUAUUAUUCCCAGGGGCUGAGAGGGUGGGGAAGCUAUAGAUGAUAAUGGUAGAUAUCAUGAAACAGUAAUGCAACCCAGAGAAAAAUAAAGGAGGCAGUGAGGAUACUCUAUGACCAAGAAGUUAUUGAAUAUUUAGAGCCACUAGAAUCUCUGGGGUUCAAGAUUUGAUCACAUGGCUUGAUUCUCCAUUGCCUUGCGCCUUGUCAAUUUACAAUUAAGAGGGUAUAAAAUACUACCAUAUUGAUGUGGUAGCACUGUGCAUUUGCUUUAUAUUGGUGUAAGUGAACUCCAUAUAUUGCAGGGCUACAGAAAAAUCAGACCUGGGGUAUUCAGCCAUCCCAGGAAUUGGAACCUUUACAGUUUCAUGUAUGUAACCAAUCUCAAGCAGCCAAUCCACUUCAAAAUCUGAUUAUGUAAUUAACGUACACAUUUGCUGCAGAAUUUUCCUGGCCCUUCUAAUAGCAAAAAGUUCCCCAAACUCUUUUUUGUGAAGUUGUUCCAAGUUUAAUGCAGUAAAAAGCAGCACUUUUAUAACAACCAACUGCAGUACUGGGAAUAGCCACACCUGUUUUAGCAAAUUUGUACAUUUUUACAUUGCUCCUAAUUUCAGGGCUAAGCCUAGAAAGUCAAUCAAGGCAGUAGUGAGCUGUAGCUCACGAAAGCUUAUACUCUAAUAAAUUUGUUAGUCUCUAAGGUGCCACAAGUACUCCUUUUCUUUUUGCGAAUACAGACUAACAUGGCUGCUACUCUGAAACCAAUCAAGGCAGUGUAACUUUGGCCUGGUUUCAGGUGGAAAUAGAAACCAAGCCAAAUAUUGUUAAUCAAAGUUGCAAUCAGAAAUAAUAAAUCCAAGGGCACACCCAGAAAUCGGCCCACUUUCAUCCUAAAGGUUUUGUGAACUGUGGCAGAGUUUCACAUUCUUAACCCAAUCUGAGCUCUGCAGGUUUUCAUCUGGUUUAGUGAUGUUCAUGCAAACAAAACGGUGGCAAGCUAGAGAAAGUUCCCUAUCUCAACUAUCUUAAAAAUAAGCUACAAUAAGUUACACAAACCAAAAAUGCUGUCUCUCUCAUGUGUAUUCUGAUGGACAUGGUGCAGAACAAGAUCUGCCCAUGACAUCUCUUUUAAAUCAGCUCAAGUGCCAAUUGUGGCAAACAGAUCAUCAGUAUUGGUGGUGUGGGCACAAAUCUGUGUAGUUCAGGAGCAUCAGGCAUUGGAGCCCAUUUUAUUGUAACAGUUUCAAGUAGAUGCAAGAGAAUUAAAUUUUUUUAUAAUCUGGCAGAUUUUAGAAAGAGGGCUGGGAGCAGCCUGACAAAUCAAAAAGUAGUUUAUAGAACAUGCACCCUAAUGAUUAUCUGAAGCUAUUUCUUCAAAUAAAUUUGCAGUUGUGGUACAAUUAACAACCCCCUUCCAAGCAGUGACUUAGCAAGUAACUGUUCAUUUUCACUGAUCUCCAGUACAAACCUUCCUUGCUUCCCCUGCUCAGCAGUCCAGAAUAAAUACUUAGACAACCCCACUGAGAGACAUGGGCCUGAAAUAUUUCUUGCAUUUCAUUUCAAGCAACAUAUUUGAAGACUUUUUUUUUAAUAAAAGAUACCUCUCUUUUGGCAGUGGGAAGCAGCAAUGGCUCUUAAAUGUGCUUAAGACUAAUAAAAUUCCAUUCCUCAAGAAAGUAGCAAACCUAUCACUAUUGUCAUAGCACAUGGCGCUCUCUUUUUGUUUAAUACAGAAGAGGAGGAACUGAAGUUACUACACACAAAAUUCAAAGAGUCAGGGAUUAAAAGUUUCAGCCAUGACACCAAGAGAAAAAUAUAUACAGUAGUUAAAGUGUGCUGUAGUUUUCUUCAAAACAUUCUAUAGUAUAUUUCCAGCCAUUAACUUCUCUCAACUUCUACCCAUUCAUACAUUUAUUUUGGUAACCAACCUAAGCCAAUUUGAAAAAGCAAUCAAACUAAAGAUUCCUAAAGUCUCUCUCUAUAUGCAGUAAUGUAUUUGUCAUUACAAACGUUCUGAAUAUGUUUCCUUGUUAAUUUUCAAAUAUGUCUGAUGCACACAAAACAGAGGCAGCUGCUAUGAGGAAUCUGGGAGUGUAAAGCUUUUCUCCGAAAAUUUAGUGUUUACUGUAUAGAACUGCAGCUGUUUCUAAAAGAAAUGCCACACAGAGCAGCCAAACCCUGCUUACUGACAUUCAUCAUGUGGAUAAGGUUACUGAAUGCCCUGUGAAGUCUGUUUGUUUAGCAAAAGCCGGUCCCUUAUUGGGAGUGCGAACUCUGAGAACGUGCACUGUUUGAGUUGUUCAGAAGCACUUCUGGAGAAGGUCUUCAUACUAAAGGGAGCUGGGGUGUAAAACCAAAAAUCUACAGCCUGAUCCAAUGACCAAUGGAGGUCAAUGAUAGUCUUGCCACCACUGAUUUCAAUGGGCUUUAGAUUAUGCACCUGAAGAGGAGCAGCUCUGAAAGUCAGUUUCUUGCAAUCUUUUAGAUACAUGAAACUCAGACUUCAGGCUCUAGCCUCAGUUAAAAGACAGUCUAGUGUUGUUUCCUUUGGGUUUUGACCCUAUUUACUCAUUUUUGCCAGAUUUCCUUGUUUGUCUUUUGAGAGUCAUUUCAAUUAAGAAUGCCAACCUUUUCUAAAAAAGAAAAAAAGAGUACUUGUGGCACCUUAGAGAGACUAACAAAUUUAUUAGUCUCUAAGGUGCCACAAGUAUUCCUUCUCUUUUUUGCAAAUACAGACUAACAAGGCUGCUACUCUAAAACCUUUUUUAAAUGCACAGUGGUUCUGAUGCCCUUGUAACAUCAAGCAAGCUGGAAAUGGAAAUGCCACAGAAUGAGACCUUAAUUUAGAAUGAGAAAAAAGGAGUUGACUGCUGAUCUCAGAGUUGAGGUUAAAGAGGAAACCAGAUUCCUGGCCAGCUUAUCUCCAAUGUGACCCUAUCUGGCAGCAUGUCAGAGUCAUAACAGAAUGAGACAUUUCUGACGAAAUGCUCUCUCCUGACCCCUUUCUCCAUAUGUAAAAUCACCCCUGCCCCCCAAAAACCACUGUUUGAUAUUUGAAAAAUAUAGUCACUUAUUUUUGUGCCCCUCUCCACUUCCUGGUUUUGUCCAUUACGAGGAAUGGAAAUGCCAUCACGGACACUAUUUUUCCAAGUCACUCAAAAGCAGGAAGGUGCCAGAAAUCUCAGCAUUUCCAGACCAAAGAGUUUUAGAGAAGAAUCCCAGUAAUCAUCUCCUCUAGACUGAAAUUUAAAACCAUUUGAUGUUUACCCAGCAAUACUGGAACACAAUCAAGAACAUUCCAGGGUAUGUCUUCUCUGCCGAGUUAGAACAAUCAGGCAAAAGCCUGACCUAUCUUCCCUCCCUGUUCACACACUAAAGCCAUUUCACACUUGAGUUAGUGUUUCUUUAAACACACAAGCUAGGUGGCCUAGCUAGGGGUAUAGACUAGAGCUUAAGUGCCAAUUUUGCUCGGGCUUGUAACCCUCUUUUCAUUAAGGACUCAGGCUAACUUCCUAGAGUGCUGAGUGUCCUCCAGUGCCUUCCCACAAUUCUAUCACAUGCACAGGUUAGACAAGUUCCUCCACAAUUCACUAGGGGGAAAAAAAUUCAAGCGGCUCAGCCUACUAUAGCACCAAGGGAUAUGUCCCCAGGAGUCAUUGCAAGAAACAUGGGUGUUUGCAACAGCAGUGACAGGACAAUAAAGUGUGAGACUUUUGCAGUAUGGCUGCUCUUGCCUGUACUAGGCUAAACCCAGAUGUGGGUGCAAAUCAUCCUGCAGUGAAGACAUACUUUCUGAUGCUUUACUGUGAUUCUUUCCUUGUGAUCAUUUGUGUUAAUGUUACCAGAUAGUUUUCUGAAGUAGGGGAGGAGGGUGGUGGAUGAACAUGAGCUCCGGGGUGACAUUGUGGCCAAGAGAGCGAAUGUAAUCCUUAGAUACAUAAAACAGGGAUUUCAGGAGGAGUAGAGAAGUUAUUGCACUUCUGCCAAAUACAGAGGUAAACACACUUUGGAAUAGUGUGUCCAAUUCUGAUGCCCACAAUUCAAGAAGGAUGUUGAUAAAUUGGUGCGGGUUCAGAGAAGAGCCAUGAGAAUGAUGGAGGGAUUAGUAAACAUGCCAUACAGUGAUUGAGCUCGAGUCUAUCUAUUUAGCUUAAUAAAGAGAAGGUUAAGAGGCGACUUGAUUACAGUCUAUAUAUACACCUACAUGGGGAACAAAUAUUUAAUAAUGGGCUCUUCAAUCUGGCAGAGAAAGGUACAACACAAUCAAGUGGCAGGAAAUUGAAGCUAGACAAAAUUCAGACUGGAAAUGAGGCAUAGAUUUGUGUUUUUUAAACAUUUAGUAAUUAGCCAGCGGAACAGUAUUUAAAAUCAAGAUUGUUUUUUUUUCCCUAAAAGAUCUGCUCUAGAAAUUAUUUUGGGGAAGUUCAACAGCCUGGGUUAUAUAAGAGGUCAGACUAGAUCACCACAAUAAUCCCUUCUUGCCUUGGAAUCUGUGAGCAAACACUUUUCAUCUUCAAAAGUGCUUUACUAAUUUCCUCAAGUCUCCUCCCUUCUUGUGUGUAUUCCCCCAUUUUAGAGAUGGGGAAACCGAAGUUAAGGAGCAGAUUUUUAAAAUGAUAAAAAAAGCUCAGCUCCCAUUUGGUUACAUAAAUGAAGUACCCAGCAGCUCUCAUUAACAGCACCUUUACUUACAUAGCAUAAAUAAUUCAUGUGAACUGCUUUAUGCUACAGAAAACAGGAGACUGGCUCUUGUCAGAGGGUUUGUUUGUUUUUAUGGAAAGAUGAUAUAGGAUACAUUGUGGUACGGUAUUCCUAUAGAACCAUCAUCUAUAUAAUUCAUAUGCAAAUAGCAUGUGUUGAGACCCAUGGGAGUUUCUGGUGUUGAGCACUUUGGACACUUUAUUUAGAUGCCAAGAUUGGUGCUAAGCCUUUUUGAAAAUCUGGCCAUUCAUGACUUGACCAAGGACACAAAUCAUAUAAAUCAGUGUCUAAGUCAGGAUUAGAACCCAGAAGUCCCAAAUUAAAUCUUCUCCUCUAAUCUAUAGACCAGGCCACUCUGAGAAGAACUAACUAUGGGGAGCAAAAAAUGGAGACUUAAUCCUGUGUAGAACUUUAAAGUUCUCUCUAGUGGGCUAGAUUCUGAUCUGGUGAAAAAGUCUAGUCCAAUUUACACCACUUGAGUACAGUAUCUGCCUUUAUGUGUUUUCCUCCCACUAAACACACUUUCCCCACAUCAUUCAGUGCUGUGGCUUAUUUAAGACUAAUAGUUGUGCUUUUAAAAUGAUUUACAAUUGUGUGACCAAAAUGGUGCACUUCACAGCUUCACCAGACUGCAGCAUCAUAAAGUUAAUUUACAAUUUUUACAACAUUGCUUUUGCAGUCCUACUAGUUUACAUUAAAAUCCUUUAAGCCACAAGGAAAGGAAGGCCUCUGUAGAUGUAAAUGCAAACUUCAUUGACCAGUGCAAGAAGUUCCAUAAAAUUAGGAUGGUACUCCACCCUCCUCCCCCCCCCAAAAAAAUUGCUUUUUUAUCCCAAGGGAUGAAAAGGAAUUGACACAGUUUUCUUUAAAGACAGGGAACUAUUUUAUCUCUGACAACAGCUAUUAUCCUUCUAUGUGGCCUGUACAUGGUUUUCUUUCAGCAGAUUCUGAGAGACGAUACUAAGCUUUGAUCACUAAAGCAGAGGUCCCCUCUGAGGAUUAAAAGCUUUAUACAUCAUAUAAUAAAGUCCCUUCCUUUCUUUUUCUCUUUGAAAGACAAUGCCACAGGAAAUAUUAUGAAAUACACAGUAAAUUGUUUAAUUCCAGAUAAUGCUUUCCCACUGCCAAAAGCAUAGCCUUGAUACAAAAUGGAGUUGAAACAUGAAAAAAAUAGUUGUGAGUUUUUGCUGCCAAUUUUCUUUUUGGUUUAUGUUUCCAAAGCAGAAUCAAAGGACUAUAUUAUGAUGUGAAUGGUAAUUAGUUGGGAAGUCAUCUCCAAGUCCACAACCACCAAGAAAGUUCUGAAGACAUGUCUUUCUAGUCCAGUAUGUCAAUAAUUUGAAUGAUUUCUCUCUAUAUACACAGCCCUAAGGAAUUUACUCUCCGCUUUUUGCAUAGUUGUAGAGCUAGUCACAUUCAUUGACAAUUUUCGCUCUUUUUUUCUUGUUUUAGUAUUUGCUGGAAAAGUUUCCCCAUGAAGGUUGUUCACAUGGAAUAUUCGUGGUACGCAAUUGGGCAGACUUGAUCAUGUGACAAUUGCUCAGGGAGUGAGAAAAACCUCUUUUCACUAUAGAGACGUAGCAACCUGACAAAGAGCAUGCAUGCAUUUUUGUAUGGAUAUUCGUUUAUGCUAAAAUUUGUGAAAACUUUAGGGAUUCCCCAACAAAUACUGUAAUCCUAACCCUCUAUGUGUAUAACAACUCUAAUAUGUGUAGUGGCAAACCAGAUUCAGCACUCCUAUUUGCAGAACUAUUCAGGAGUUAUGUUUUAAUAUACAAUCCACUCUACUCUCACCUUAUCCAAACUGGUAUGAACAGGAGUGACAUCUACUUUCCAACAAGAGGAAAAAACUGCUACUUUUAAGAUUAUGGUAAACUCUCCAAGAGUCCUUUGAUAUUAUUAAUCAUAGCAUAGCUGAUGUUAUAGUCAAGAGCCACAAUGGGAAAAAAAAGUGUGGUCUCCCUAUAUUGUUCUUUAAAAGAAAUUCUAGACAUUUGACAGUAUAUUUUUUGUAUUAGAAGUAAAUACUACAGAUUCUGAUUGUGUUUCGUGUGUUUAGGGGGUUGGUAGGGUUGUAUUGUACUUUUCAAGCUAUUGCAAAAGCUGCUUUUAAAUAAGCUGUUCAGUUGUAUUGAAUAGCUGGUUUGUGCUUUACAAGGGAGUCUGUGGGAGCCAGGAUCUGAGGGUUAGCAGCCUUCAUGCCUUGCUGUCACAAGAUAACUAGAGCUAAAGUCACUUGUGAAAAAUUUAACCAAGGGAUAGAUAGGGUGGGUUAGAAAACCACCCCUGAAUUGUCAUGUAGUGUACCGUAAUCAAACAAGACUAUACAAUCACCUAGUGUAGAACUGUGGUUUUGUUAGCAGCUACUUAGUUUGUCUGCCUUCUGGUGUGAUGACCCUGAUUUGGAAUGUCCUUUGUGGAUACAGUAAGAUGUCAACCCACAUUGCCUGUGUGUGUGUGGGGGGGGAGUGGUUAUAUAUAUCCCACAACCUGAUCCCAAAGGGAAACGUGCAGCACAAACUGAAGUAUAGGGGGCUGUGCACCAAGGCUGGUGUUAGGUUUUUGAUUUGGAGGGGGUUUGGAUGCAGAUGCAAAUAAGAUCUGCCCCAAAGAAGAAGAAAAACCUAUCCUGAAAGUCUCGCCUUCAUCAAAAACUGUUUUUUGGGUUGUUUUUUUUUUUAAAUUCCCUAUUUCCCCCCAUUAAAGUUUGAAAUUUUAGCUGUACAGAUGGUU